GACAAAAAGGUCAAGGCGUUGUUCGAGAAGAUCCGGGAUCUACGAACUCAAUGGGCCAAGUGGGCCAUUGAAGAUGUUCAGCAUGCAUUUGAUCCUUCCAAGACUCCUAGCAGGUUGGAGUCUGAUUGCUUUGAGGCUGCUUCACCUGCUCCAUCACCUGACCCGACUCUCAAGUCAGGGAAUGUGCCACAGUACAGAGAGAAGCGGUCAGCUUCAAGUUUGGCUUCAGAAGUGACACCAAAGGCUUCUGACGAGCCAACCAUGGUGGGCUCUCCCGGUGAAAGUCAACUGCAACUUGAUGUGUUGGGCGAGGCAUGCAGCGUUCCAAUGACUGCGGAGCAGCAGAAGGAACUGGACAGUGUCUUGCAUCAACUUCACAUGAU